UUGAUAACAUUAAUUUACGUGAACUCAAUCAUUCUCUACCUUACCUAGUCAUCAUAACAAUAUAAACAUAACAUAACUUCGUUGUGUUUCUUUCUCUCUUUCUCAUCAAUCUCGCCGAAUACCGACCCAACCAAGAAGAACCUCUCAAUCAACCAUGGUUGAAACCAGACGUGGUUCUUCUUCUUCCAAACGCCCUUUAUCUUCUUCUCCUCCUUCCAAUACCAAACGAUCCAAGGUUUCUCAAGAUGCUUCAUCAACCACUUUGCCUUCAAUUCCGGUCAAAGAAUCUGCAAAGAGAAACGAAUCUGGUAAACCUGAUGAUAUUCAACAACCAUCUGAUCUACCAGAAACUGCUUCUUUGAACGUUCUUGAUGGUGGUAAUACUGAUAAAUCUCAUUCUAACCCAAUCCAACCUAACCCUUUGUCUCCUCAGUCUCCAGGUGAAUCUGCUGAGAAACCAAAAGUGGCUGCCCCGGUGGUUUCUUCUCGGCGAAAACCACGUUCUGUGGCCAAACUGAUAGCUAAGCCUGCUGCUUGGGGAAAGCUUAUAUCUCAAAGCUCUCAGAAUCCUCACUUGUCCAUAAGUGAUCCAAUCUUCACUGUUGGACAAGGUCGUCAGAGUAAUUUGGUGCUUAAAGAUCCUACCAUUGGUAAUGUUUUGUGCAAGUUGAGCCACAUAGAGCAGCAACAGGGAGGUUCAUCAGUUGCCCUUCUGGAAAUCACAGGGGGUAAAGGUGUUGUGCAAGUCAACGGCAAGACUUUCCGAAGGACUACCAAGAUGAUUUUAAAUGGAGGCGAUGAGGUGAUAUUUGGUGCUUCGGGAAAACAUGCUUAUAUCUUUCAGCUGCUCAAAAGUAACAAUGUUUCUACUGCUGGUACACCUCCUUCUGUGAGUAUUUUAGAAGCCCAGAGUGCUGCAUUGAAUGGGAUGCAAGUUGAAGCUAGAUCCGGAGACCCUUCGGCUGUGACAGGUGCAUCAAUAUUGGCCUCUCUAUCUAAUAUUCGCAAAGAUUUAUCUCUCAUUUCACCUCCAGCUAAAACAUGCAAGAAACAAAGUGCUGAUAUUUCAUCACUACCUUCUGGCCAUGGGGAUAAUGUUCCGGACAAUGAAAUGAAAGAUACCACCAAUAAUGAUGAAUCAGCUGGAGUUUUUUCUUCUGGUAAAGAUAUUCCUUCAUCCUCUACCACUGCUAACGAAAACCCUAGCCUUGACACCAUGGAUGUUGAUGCCAACGCGGACACAGAUGUUGGGAAGAUGGCCAAUGCCAAUUACGAAUUGAGGCCGUUGCUGUGCAUGCUUACCGGAUCAGGAACUGAAUUUGAUUUAAGUGGCAGCAUUCACAAGAUACUAGAAGAUCAAAGGGAAUUAAGAGAACUUGAUACGCCAACAAUAUUGGCAUCCACCAGGCGGCAAGCAUUUAGGGACAGUUUAGAACAGAGAAUUCUCAAAGCUGAUGAUAUUGAUGUCUCUUUUGAAACUUUCCCAUAUUACCUAAGUGAUACAACAAAGAACGUGUUGGUAGCUUCUACAUAUAUUCAUUUGAAGUGCAAUGGUAUUGGAAAAUAUGCUUCAGAUUUCUCGUCAUUGUGCCCACGGAUAUUGUUAUCUGGUCCUUCAGGUUCGGAAAUAUAUCAGGAGACUUUGUCCAAGGCACUUGCAAAGCAUUUUGGUGCCAGGUUACUGAUUGUGGAUUCACUUUCGCUGCCCGGGGGAACGCCAUCAAAGGAAGUUGAUUCUGCCAAAGAAAGUUCAAAGCCUGAAAGGCCAGCUGUUUUGGCCAAGAGAAGUGGCCAGGCUUCUACUUUACAUCAUAAGAAACCCACUUCUAGUGUUGAUGCUGAAAUUAUUGGUGGAUCUACAUUAAGUUCGCAAGCUAUGCUGAAGCAAGAGGUUUCUACUGCAUCAUCAAAAGGCACUGCUCUUAAAAAAGGUGAUCGGGUAAAAUUUGUCGGUAACUUUCCACCUACUGUUUCGUCACUGCAAAAUUAUGCUUCAAGUUCAAGGGGACCAAGCUAUGGCUUCCGGGGCAAAGUUGUACUUGCUUUUGAAGACAACGAGUCUUCAAAAAUUGGGGUCAGGUUUGAUAAAUCAAUUCCAGAUGGCAAUGAUCUUGGAGGCCAUAUCGAAGAUGAUCAUGGUUUCUUUUGUUCCGCAAACCAUUUACAACGGAUAGAGAGUGCAGGAGGGGAUGACGACAAAGUUGCAAUUAAUGAAAUCUUCGAGGUUGCCUCUAAUCAAUGUAAAACUGGUGCACUUGUGUUGUUCAUUAAAGAUAUAGAGAAGGCAAUGGCUGGGAACACAGAUGUUUUGAAAAGUAAAUUUGAAACCCUGCCACAGAAUAUUGUGGUAAUCGGCUCAAAUACUCAGCUGGACAGUCGUAAGGAGAAGACCCAUCCUGGGGGACUUCUGUUUACAAAGUUUGGGAGCAAUCAGACUGCUCUACUUGAUCUUGCUUUUCCGGAUAACUUUAGUAAACUACAUGAUAAAACCAAAGAAAGCUCCAAAUUAGUGAAGCAGCUCAACCGCCUUUUCCCAAACAAAGUGACAAUACAAGGGCCUCAGGAUGAAGCUUUACUCCCUGACUGGAAGCAGCAGUUAGAUCGUGACAUUGAAACUAUGAAAGCACAUUCCAAUAUUGUCUUGCUUCGUUCGGUCCUCAAAAGAACAGGAUGGGAUUGCUCUGACCUUGAGACAAUUUGCAUCAAAGAUCAAACCCUAACUACUGAAAAUGUGGAGAAGAUCAUUGGCUGGGCUGUAAGUUAUCAUUUUAUGCAAUCACAUGAAGCUUCUACCGAAGAAGGAAAGCCCGCGAUAUCUGCAGAAAGCAUUAAGUAUGGGUUUGACAUUUUUCAAAGCAUCCAAAAUGAGAACAAGAACGUAAAGAAGUCACUGAAGGAUGUGGUUACUGAGAAUGAAUUUGAGAAAAAGUUGCUUGGUGAUGUUAUUCCGCCAACUGAAAUUGGGGUCACAUUUGAAGAUAUUGGAGCUUUAGAAAAUGUGAAGGAUACCUUGAAGGAAUUGGUCAUGCUUCCUCUUAAAAGGCCUGAACUGUUUUGUAAAGGACAACUAACUAAGCCUUGCAAGGGAAUAUUGCUUUUCGGUCCCCCUGGCACGGGAAAAACAAUGCUUGCAAAGGCUGUAGCAACUGAAGCUGGAGCAAAUUUCAUCAACAUUUCAAUGUCCAGCAUUACUUCCAAGUGGUUUGGUGAAGGAGAAAAAUAUGUCAAAGCAGUCUUCUCCCUAGCCAGCAAAAUUGCUCCAAGUGUUAUAUUUGUUGAUGAGGUUGAUAGUAUGUUAGGGAGACGUGAAAACCCUGGUGAGCAUGAGGCCAUGCGUAAAAUGAAGAAUGAGUUUAUGGUCAAUUGGGAUGGUCUGCGUACCAAAGAAAAAGAGCGUAUACUUGUUCUUGCUGCUACAAACAGGCCCUUUGAUCUUGAUGAGGCUGUUAUUAGGAGGCUUCCAAGGAGAUUGAUGGUUGAUUUGCCAGAUGCUCCGAAUAGAGGAAAAAUUUUGAGAGUCAUUUUAGCGAAAGAAGAUUUGGCAGCCGAUGUUGACUUGGAAGCUAUAGCAAAUAUGACAGAUGGAUACUCAGGAAGUGACCUAAAGAAUUUGUGUGUCACAGCAGCUCACUGCCCAAUAAGGGAGAUCUUGGAGAAGGAAAAGAAGGACAAAAGCUUAGCAUUGGCCGAGAACAAACCUGAACCUGAAUUGUGUAGCAGUGCAGACAUUCGUCCCUUAAAGAUGGAGGAUUUUAGAUAUGCACAUGAGCAGGUGUGUGCAAGUGUGUCAUCAGAGUCGACAAAUAUGAACGAGCUACAACAAUGGAAUGAUCUCUAUGGAGAAGGCGGAUCGAGAAAAAUGAAAUCUUUAAGCUACUUCAUGUAGAGCUUUCUGUAGAGCAUUUCUUGCUUAGGCUAUUAUUCUUCUGUCACCUCAAAAUGUGUAACAAGGUCAGCCACAUGGAAAUUCCAUAAGUGGCUCUUUCUCUAUUGUAUCAUAGCAUAAAAUUUCCCAUUUUUCUUUCUCCAACCCUCACCUUCUUCGGAUUUUCUCUUUCAAUUUUUUUUUCAUACUCAGAAGAAAUGACAAUUUCACUGGGGGGAUAAAAGCUUAUUUUAGGCCCCCAGAUGAUCCAAUACUUCCCCCCCAUUCUCCCCCUUUUUUCUGAUUGUACAUACCUAGUUCUUUUUACAAUAAAAAUAAAAUCAUUUUUGUUUCUGUUAAUUUUUAAA